ACCGGUUCCGGCUGUGUCCCGUCUUGUCCGCGCACCCGAACGCUAAAACCCUCUUGUCCCACUCCCACGGCGGCGGCGGCGGCGGCGGCGGCCACCGCGCGAAGAGAAGCUCCCCACCGGCGGAAUCACUGGUGAUAGAUGGACAGCGGGAGCGAAUCCGACGGCGCCCCCGAGGAGCUCACCGCCGUUCAGGGUGUCGAGAAGCAUGAAAAGAUCAGCAAGGUAGAGAAGGACAGCGCCGCCAGAGCAACACAAGAAGGGAAAGAUCGGAGAAGACGUUGGGCCCAACGAAAAACACCCUCAAAACCAAAAAAGAAGAAGCCUCUGGAGGUAGAAGAUAAAGAUACCAAAGCGGAUGAGGAGAACAAGGAUACACAUGCUAUGCCUGGCACACUGCCCAAGAGUGUAAUUGAUAUGCUUGCAGCACGCGAGAAGCAAACCUUCUCAUCAGACACAGAGGAAGAAAAUGUAAGCCAGAAGGUUCAAAAAAGGAAGAAGAGAUUGAAAACUUCAGGACCUGAAACAAUUCUGCUGAAAGAUGUCCGGUGCACUCAGCACGUGAAGAAUGCCCUCGACUUCUUGGAGCACAGGAAAAACAAGGUGCCAAGAUCCAAUGCAGUUUUGAAGAAUGCUAAUAAGGCUAUGCGUCUCUUUAAAAGCAAUUCUUAAGUUGAGUGUGUUAAAAUGAGGCAGUUCCUAAAGUGAACUCCAUGUUACACUUGUCUGAAAGACUGAUAUGGUUGAGAUAUCUCCUCUAUUGGAAACUUGAUUUCUUGAUGUAUGUUUCGCUAACUAUUCAAUUUUGAUUCCUGGUUAUAUGUU